CCAACACUAUCUCCUCCUGUAUACAGUCGAAUACGCCUGCCCAUCAGCGUGUAUUGGGUCGCCAUGUCUCUUCACGUCACGCCGGCCACGCCGGCUGGCGCGAGGGCGCAAUCAGUCCCACCCAAAUCGUCCAUAUCACCAGAACUGUCGCCCACCGCUGCUGUUUUUGACCCGUCCAAGCAGACGCGUGCACUAACACCACUGAUAACCGCUGGCCAGACGGGAAUGGCUACGAACGGUGUUAGAGCUCAGACAUUAAAGGCUUCCCCCGGUUCUGGCGCUGCCCUCUUCUCAACCGAUGAUGGUCGCCACCCUCACCGACCUCCUCCCGGUCCUCCCUUUACACCAGUUAUUGUGCGAUCCGAUCCUGUUUUGGGCGUGGUUGGAUUCGCCAACUACUGGCGCAACAAGCAUCCUCACUACUACCACUGCUUGUUCACACAGCAGGGAUGGGGCAUCACCGAUCUCUGGGACAGGGCCGACAUCCACCUUGAGUCUCCCGGUUUUCUCAAGGAGGUCCUCAAGUUCAUCACACAGGACAAUGAAUUCCGCGUUCAUAAGUUUGCAAAUAAAUGGUCGAGAGACCACACCGACAAGCUGGAUAUGAUUGGCGGGGACAUGAGUGACUUGUUUGAUCCUCAUGAUUCUCUGACUUUUGUGUACAAAAUAUUCACCGACGGCGAGACGGAGUCCUCGCCACCGGAGUUCUUAUACCAAGCUCUCUACAUCAUGCGGACCGCCAUGCGCCGCACUGUGCAGGAGGAAGAGCAACAUCGUGCUUCAGAGGCUGCGAUGAACGGCAAUUCUAGGCGAUCAUCCGCAGAUCAACACUUCGUAGAUCACGCUGCAUAUCCUGCGGCACGUACACAAUCUGGUGGCUCGGUGCCUUUCCAUCCCCAUGGAGCUAGAGGACCUCCCCCAGGACCUCCUCCAAGUGGGUAUCGCGCUAUUGUUCCCUCCACAAAUGGGCAGCUUCGCAACCCCAGAAACAGACCAUAUCGCUCGAAUUCAGGUUCUGGUCGCUCCGGUGCUCCAUUCCAAAACCAGAACAUGAUGGGCAAUGCUGCUCGUGUACCUUCCGAGCAGCGCUGCCACCAGCCUCCUGGCCCACCUUUUUACAACGAUCAGUCUCUUCAUCCUCAUAUGCAAUUGGAACCUGGAAUGAUGGGAAACAUGGGCCCUAUGCCUCAUGUGAAUCGGCCUUCUCCUCUGCACUCCCCGCCGUUCUUGCCUUCUCAGGCUAUGUGUCCACCCAUGUUGCAACACGGGCAGAUGCCUUUGCCGCCGCCACCUCCCACUGUUCCACUUGAUCCCAAUCACCCCGUCCCCAAUUAUAUCGAUACUGCAAAUAUGGAUCCUCGGGGUGCUGCUCGGUUCGUCGAUUUGACAAACAACAUGCAGUAUACUGCGGAUAGAAACACGGAUCGCCACGGCUCAUUGCGCGGUGGUCAUAUGAUGAGCAGAGCUCCUUCUCUAUAUAACCCUUAUACAGAGGAGCCUUACAAAUCCGCUUCUUUCACACAGGUCCCAUCUGGUAGAAAGGGAGGUCGUGGUAGCUUCUCCAAUCCUCCUACUCGUGGCCGUAAUUACUCGAGCGGCUAUCGUGGUUCCUUCUCGAACACUUUUGAUAAAGAUGAUGUACCACCUAGGACAUCGAGCGGACACUUUAAUGGCGACACAGGAGGGUUCCAUUAUCGCAGCGUCCCGAAUCCCGACAUUGUCAAUGACAUGGAGUCGGGGUGCGAUUCCUACCGCAUUGGUCCCAAGAACACGACAGUCAAGAAGCUGUAUGUCUCUAAUCUACCUGACGGCAUUAAAGAGCAGGAAUUGCUCAUACAAUUCCGCAAGCAAGCGGAUGCGACCAGGGUCGAUUUGAAGAAAAUAGGAAACUUCGCUGAAGUCACACACGCCUUUGUAUAUUUCAGCUCUCCUGCGCAAGCAAGACUGUGUCUACCGGACAACUGCACCUUUCAAGUUCGCAACAAAACACUAAUUGUCAGUGUGCCAUACGCGUUCUACAGGGUGCAGGAAUCUCCACUUUCGCGAUCGGCGUUACCGGCCAACACACCGAAGCACAGGCAGUUUUCUCUUUCCAGUGCAGUUUCUGGUACGGUAGAUGGCAAUGCACGGAGCAAAAGCUCCGGCCAUACUCAGUACUCUCCACAAGAUGCUAGGAGCGAUCUUAACUGGGCCAACCAACAACAGUCAUCACAACAACCCCAGAAUAACGGUAGCCCUCGCGCACGGCAACAGAAGAGCAGAGUCUCUCCUACAAAGAAGACUCAACCUCGUCUCCAUGGGUCGCUCGACGAGAAUAAACCCAAUGCCAAAGCGGUCACGGUUAAUGAAAUGGUGGAGAAGCCCGAUGGUGAUGCAGUUGACGUGGAUUUAGUAUCUGAAGAGACAGGCGCAGCUGUCGCCGCUGGAGUCAAAGAGUCUCGGACCGAGCCUGAUGUUGUUUCGGAAGGUAUCAAGAAGUCUACCGAUGACCAGUCUCUGCAAAACACGCCUCCGGUUAAGCCAGACACGCUAACUGCUUCACCUAAUGAAAUGGAAAGUGAAGUACAGCACAAAUCUGGGGCUAGCUUCUCAGACACCACUAUUGUUGAGGUGUCAUUGAACGACACAGGAAGUGAUUCAUCAGAACAACUAGUUCCUGACAAGAACAAAGAUUCCGAAAACAACGUUGAAGUCACGCGCAGUGAGUCUGUCUCGGGCGACCACCAGGAGAAUACGGCUGGUGGAACAGUCUCAGAUGAUGAUCAAAAGAACGACCUCAGUUUUCAUUCUGCCCAAGAAGUCCCGGAUGAAUCCACUGUCGCUCUUGAAGAAAAGAGCUCUGUCUAUCGGUCUACUUCGAGUGAGCCAUCUGAUAUUAUCCCGUUGAAAACGAUAUCUGCAUCUUCUCAGCCAGAAUCUGAAGCUACUACUACGAAUCCUUCUAUGGUGGAGGAGCCUGCAAAGCAAUCAGCAACAGAACAGACGCGAAAGCAGGGCGCGAAGCAGACACAAUCUCUUUACCCUUUCGCGAAGCCAAGCAAGACUCAGUCUAAGAAAGAAAAGCAAGCGAAGAAGAAAGAUAAAAGGAAAGAGCGGAAAGAGAAAACGAAGACAGAUAAGGUGGAGUCGGAUGAGAAGAGCAAUGAUCACAGUCUUGUUCCGAUUGCGGAAAACACAACGAAUGCCGGUCCCAGUGAGAUGGACAAGCUGCAGAAUACGAUCAAGAGCAAAACUGAGAUCCAGAAUCAGCGCCUAUCAGCCUAUCCUGUUGCUCCUAAACCAACUUCGCAAGUAAACUUCGAGCAACACCCUUCUAUGGGCUCUUCUGUCGCCCAACAAGAUACCGUAGCCGAGAUUCCAGAUCUUCAACAAGCAUUCCCUCGCAAAGAAUCUGCAGAUAUUAGCAAUGUCUUCCCGGCCCCAAGUGUGGCUCUGUCUGAGCCUAAAGAGAAGGUUUCUCCCAAUUCCGAACUACCUAAGAUAAGGUCUCAAGCCGCAAAAGAGACCUCCAAGAGAAAGAUAGGUCAUCUUUCUCAAAUUGCCGUUCCAAAAUUGAACCUUUCGAUGACCAAGGCUGCUUCAUCUGAUAGUAUCGCUCAUCCUGGGAAUGGACCGGCUGAGGCAGAUAGUCCAAACAAGUUGGACGCUGUGAUCUCGGGCCAGUCUGAAGAUAUCGCUCUUCUUUCCUACGUACGCGAUUCAGCAGCAUCUGCAGCAACAACCCCAACCUUACGUGCGGCGAGCCCUCCGCCAAUACCCGCUAGCACGACGACCGAAUUCUUCACUCCAAUGCCCACGCCGACCGAGUACAAAGUGGCGGAUGGAGUCUCUCACUCAUCAGAUCCAUCUGCGGUCGACCUUGGCAAGAAGAAAAAGAAGCGGAAGGGUAAGAAAAAGGUAAACACGACGUCAGACUUCCAAGAGUUGCACUUGGCUUCGAACAAGUCCGAAGAAGAUCCGUUUAUCUUACAGAUGAACGAGAUUGAUGACAUCAAGGCAAAAAAGAACGAAGGGUCCGCAUUGCAUGGUAAAGGUUUCGGUCAGGAGGGCGAGAAUCAAGGGGCCAAGGUGUGUGUUGAUGCCACCACCACUGCUCCCGGUGGAGCAUCUGGCAACCCGUCUGAUCACACGGAUUAGCGCUCC